AUGAAUCCCCACUACCAUCCGUAUUCGGAUCUGUCCUCACCACACUCGCCCAGUCCGGACAAUGCCGGCAGCUACCCGCAGCUAACCCCACACCACAAUGGGCAUGGUGGGGGCGGCGGUGGUGGUGGCGGUGGCGGUCCAAACACGAUGGUCAGUCAGAUGGACGGUCAGCAAGGAUUCCACCAGAUGAACAGUGGUAACGGUGGUGGACCGGUAAAACAUUGCGCUGGUUGUGGAGGAAAAAUCACGGAACGCUUCUUUCUGCACGCGCUGGACCGAUAUUGGCACAACUCCUGUUUGAAAUGUUCCUGCUGCGGAGCGAUGCUGGCCGAUAUCGGUUCCAGCUGCUACACCCGCAGUGGCAUGAUCCUCUGCAAAGCCGAUUAUUCAAGAUUAUUCGGUUCCGGUGCUUGUUCCGCCUGCCAUCAAACGAUACCCGCCAACGAGUUUGUGAUGCGAACGACGUCCCACACGACGAUAAACAACAACCUGAACAACGCCGCAAACAACAACAAUCAAAACGGUACCGUCAACAACAAUAACAACAAUAACAACAACAACGGCCAAUCCGUACCCCAGCACCACGUGUUUCACCUGAAGUGCUUCCAGUGCUCGAAGUGCGGGAGCCAUCUGGUGCAGGGCGACCGGUACUAUAUGCUCGGUGGCAGUCUCGUCUGUGAGCCGGACUGGCACAAGCUAGUGAAGACAACCAAUAGCCAAACGAACCCGCCGCUGCGCAAGGGCAAAGUCGGAAGGCCACGGCGCUCCCGCGACUGA